CAAGCCUGCCCUGUCCUGCCUUGUUAAGCAACACAGCGAGACAUCACGAGAGCUAGAGAGAGAUGGCGGCCACGGUUUCCUCCUUCCCGGUGGUGAACAUGGAGAAGCUGGAGACAGAGGAGAGGGCCACGGCCAUGGAGGUCAUCCGCGACGGCUGCGAGAACUGGGGCUUCUUCGAGCUGCUGAACCACGGCAUCUCGCACGAGCUGAUGGACGAGGUGGAGCGGCUGACCAAGGCGCACUACGCCACCUUCCGGGAGGCCAAGUUCCAGGAGUUCGCGGCGCGGACGCUGGAGGCCGGCGAGAAGGGCGCCGACGUCAAGGACGUGGACUGGGAGAGCACCUUCUUCGUCCGCCACCUCCCGGCCUCCAACCUCGCCGACCUCCCCGACGUCGACGACCGCUACAGGCAGGUGAUGGAGCAGUUCGCAUCGGAGAUCCGGAAGCUGUCGGAGAGGCUGCUGGACCUGCUGUGCGAGAACCUGGGCCUGGAGCCCGGGUACCUGAAGGCGGCCUUCGCGGGGUCGGACGGCCCGACGUUCGGCACCAAGGUGAGCGCGUACCCGCCGUGCCCGCGCCCGGACCUCGUCGACGGCCUCCGCGCGCACACCGACGCCGGCGGCAUCGUGCUGCUGUUCCAGGACGACCAGGUGAGCGGCCUGCAGCUGCUCAGGGGCGGGGAGUGGGUGGACGUGCCGCCCAUGCGCCACGCCAUCGUCGCCAACGUCGGCGACCAGCUGGAGGUCAUCACCAACGGGCGGUACAAGAGCGUCAUGCACCGCGUGCUCACGCGCCCCGACGGCAACCGCAUGUCCGUCGCGUCCUUCUACAACCCGGGCGCCGACGCCGUCAUCUUCCCGGCGCCCGCGCUCGUCGGCGCCGCCGAGGAGGACCGCGCCGAGGCCGCGUACCCGAGCUUCGUGUUCGAGGACUACAUGAACCUGUACGUGCGCCACAAGUUCGAGGCCAAGGAGCCCAGGUUCGAGGCCAUGAAGUCGGCCAUCGCCACCGCGUGAGAAAGACUGCCUUCCGCUGCCGGCUUCCUUCGUGGCGUCAAGCCUUGAGGCUUGAACGAACAACGUACGUCCAUGUGCUUAUAGUGGCACAGUUGUGUGUGUAACUACCGAUCGUGGAACGGCCUAAUGUAUUUCGGUUGCCUCAGAUCGAUCUAUAUGUGCGUAUACAUUAUGUACUCAAAAGUGUGUAGCGUCUGGUUAAUGUACGAGCAGUGUGUAUGUGACCAGGACCCGGUGUGUAGUUGCUAUUACUACCAUAUCCGGUGAAUGAUCAAACCUUUUGGUGUAUUAAAACUAGAUGUUCAUCCCCCUC